AUGCUAUUGCGCGCACAUCUUGCCGCUGGGACAGGCCGGGGCCCGGGAGGAGCACGGGAUCCGGUUCACGGACGAGCAGUGGGGGCAUCUUGCCAAUAUAACCCAGCAGCUCGACAUCGUGGCGGAUAUCAUCAAGAGGAGCGAAGAGGAGGGCAAGGCAAGGGCAGGGGAAAGGGGGCGGGGAAAGGGAUAAGGAAGGGGACAGGACAUGGGAAGGAAAGGCAACAGCAGCAACAGCAGAGGCAUGCCGAUAUAGAUCUAGAUCUAGAUCUAGAUCGGGAUACAGAUCUAGAUAUCGACACUGAUACUGACGCUGAUGCUAACACUGACGUUGAUCUAGAGGUAGAGGAAGCCGAUUCGGAUAACCCCGAGAUAGAGGCGCUUGACCGAGCCGUCUGCCGCUUUUACAUCAGCUGCAUCAAGCAGAAGCUAGGACGGAAGCAAUAUAGCAAUCCGCUACUACACUUCACGGCCGUACUGGGCAUUAAAGAGGACGGCAACUGGGCCCCGGCGCACUCGCAUACCCUAGUAACGAAUGACUAA